CCUUUCCCUUUUGGUCUCUUAUACCACUUUCUUGUAUAUCUCUCUCUCUUUUGUAUUUCUCUCUCUCGUUCUCUCUAUCCGUUCAUCGCUUUCUUUCUCUGUGUUUCCUCUGUUAAAAUCUCCCCUUCCCCACUCUCUCUCUCUCUCUCUCCCCCUCUCUCUCUCUCUCUCUUACUUUUUGUAUUCUGUCUUUCUUUCUCCAUUUGCCAUCUCAAUUUAACCACACUUUCUUUGGCUAAAGUUUUCGUAGACGACCUCCUCCUCACACGUGCCCCCUUUUUUCCUGUAUUCCACUGUCAAUCACUUGCUUUUUCUAUCAUAGUGAUCCUCCGAGCCACCAUCCUAAAUUAGUACAUGUAGUGUCUCAGUUGAUUCUCCGCCCUAUUAUUUUCACAUUCCAUUUUUUAUUUCUUUGUUUCUUUCCUCCCCGCCCUUUCCCGCCCAAACGGCGUAUGUUGGGAUUAUGACAAAUAAUGAAAACGCGCUCCGCUCAAAAAAUUCGCCGUAACUGUACAAGCGUGUGAGCAAAGCGACCGAGCAGUACUUUUGUUUCUUGUCAAACUGUUCAAAUCAGUAUCUUAUGCAUAUAUUAACUAGAGAAAGAUUUACAAGUGAGCACUGCAAACUAGCUAUAAAGUUACUUAAUGUGAACAUUAAUAAGCUAUUUUCUACUCAAACAAGGCUUGAAAUAACGAAAACUAUUGAGAAAUAUAGACAAAGUCCUUUUCAAUUCAAAUAAUUUUAUUUUCAUAACUCAAUCAAAACAUUAAAACAAAUGAAUAUCAAAUAAUACUUGCAAUAUAACAUACAAGUUAAAACCUAGUUGUAAUACAAUCUUAAAUGUCGAUAAGUAAAAAAUCAAAACAUACACAAUAUAUAUGAGCAUAUUAUAAAUAAAGGAAAAGAGAAAUCCAAUUAUCAAAAUGCAGAGCUCGUAUUUUUGUAAAUUACUGACAUUUAAAAAAGGAAAGAAAGAAAGAAAGAGAGAAAAACAUCCCAAAACUAAAUAAUGUAUACUUAAUUAUUUUAAAGAUAUUUUGAAUUAGGAAUUUCUAUACUUCGUCAUUAUAAUUAUGUUGUGCACCAUAGCGCUUAAUUGUAAAAUCAAGCAUUACUUAACAUAGUUAACAUAGUUUCGAUGUUUUUACCUUAUUACAUUUGUGAUAGUCACAUUGAAUGUAAUUGACGGUGAAGGAUUUGGCCUACUAUGUAAUUUAAUUUUCCAUGAUAGGCCUACACAAACUGCAUUUUUUUAUCGAGAAUCAGACUUCUUGUUCUAACGUCCAUUCAUUCACAAAGCUGUGAUAGGGGAAGAGUGAAGGAUUAUUAAGAGUUAAGGAUUAAUUCGCUCUAAACAAGCAAUCACCUAUCUUAAUCGCGUUCCAACUAGUUCAGAAUGGCAGAUUACACCAUGAUCACCCAAGUGUCAUCGAGUAGCAUUCCUACCAAACGCCCUAGCCGUCGACAUCCCACCGUCUUUACUGAGUUACAGCUACAGAUUCUGGAGACCGCGUUCAACGACAACCAGUAUACUGGUAUCACUACUAGAGAUCAACUUGCUUCAAGUCUGAAAAUUGGAGAAGACAGAGUACUGGUCUGGUUUCAGAAUCGUCGUGCACGUUUCCGUCGAGCCUCUCUUGUUUCAAGCUUUGCUCAUCAACCCGUCAUCAAGAAAGACGACAUCGACCAUCCUCGCUUUCAACCAGCCCGAGUUAUCGACUUGGCCGUCAUCGGUCGUAAGCGGAAGAGAUCGUGCGACACCGUUGAGGUCGACCAGACCACACCACCUACCAAGAAGAUGAAUUCCGUUUCUCCCACGUUCUCUGUUGACUUUCUCUCUCGAAGCAGUCGAUCGAGAUCCAAUUCAACGAUGCCUUCAUCGGGUCGACACCACUUGCACCAUGACGUCAUCCAGCUCCAGCAUAAGUCACCACAUGACUCGACGAAGGGCGCCAAAAGUCCAUUGAUGUCAGUAGACUUUCUCUCUCGUAGCAGCCGCUCUCCGUCUCCCUCUACAUCCACGUAUAACGCAGAGCAUCUUUACCGCACACCGUCUUCAUUCUCCACACCGAUGGGUUAUCAUCCGUACGUCUUCUACGUCAACCUCUAGAUAUUGACUGCAUCGACUCAUGAACUCUGAAUGGAUCUUCUUCUUAUUAUAUAUUAAUCUUGCCUUUUCCAAAGAUGCAUUCAUUUAUGAAAUCAUAAGUUGCAAUUGAAUAAAUUGUUAAAUUGUAA